GUAUCAGGAAUUUUGAGGUUAUCGAUAUCAUGAAUUUUUCAUUUUUCGUGGCUCUUGUCAUCGAUUUUCUCUCUCCUGUAAUCGUUUUUUUCCCAGCCCUAAGCCCUGGAAAGUGACAAUUUUUUUUUUUCAAUCUCUUCCUUUUCUAGGGGCGGAAAUACAAGUUAUAAACAGCUCAUCCAUCUUCGGUGAUAGAGUUGCUGUGAUAAGUAACCUCCUGUUCAUUCAAGUGCUUUUAAGUCCCUAUCACUACAUACUCAAACAUUUUGUAUCGUAAUCAGUAUUUUCGAACUUUUUAUCGCAUUUUAGCUGUAAUAUAUGUGCUCAUCGCAUCAUCCGUUCUCUCAUCAGUAUAGUAGUGCCCCUUGAUUUGUUCGCUACACAAACUCAAUAUCGGGUCACCAUUUCAUAGUCGACCGAGAGGGUUUAACACCUAAAGUAGAGAUCGUAAAAGAAAUUAAUCUGAAGACUCUAAAUGAAUAGAAUAGUAUUCACUCUCUUGUUGACCAUCAAACUUCACGGAUCCUGUUUAAACGACCUGCAACUGUUCAUCGCCAACUGACGAAACAUCCGAGUUGUGUCUCUCAAGACGCAGCAGUCUAUUGAAGCUUAUUCUCUAGAGGGCAGAGGCAUCUAAAAUUAAAAAAAAUACAGACUCAGAGCCUAGUGUUGCACUAUUUUGAACCAAUUCCAAGCAGCCAUGUAUUGUCUGCAAUGGCUCAUUCCAGUUCUCCUGAUACCGAAGCCUGUCAACCCAGAAAUGCUGCAGACACAUGUCAUGUUCAUGGUGUUACACUUGGCUGGAUUUUUCCUAGAGCGCAAGCCAUGUACAAUUUGCUCCUUGCUGUUCCUUGUGACGGUUUUUGUCAUCUGCUACUCAGGGAUUGGUAAUUGUAUUUUCUGGAAUGAUUCGUGUCAAGGCAUAUCAUGUGAAAGUGGUUAAGUGCCAAUGUUUGUCAAACAUUCAAUCUCCUUCGCUCAGGACACAAGGGUGACUGGAACAUUCUUCAACCUCACACAUGAGCUGUGAUAUAUAGAUAAGCCAAUUUCUUUUCUGUAUGUAAAUUUUUUUUUAUUAUUAUUAUUACUUUCUUUUUUCUUUUUUUCCUUCUUUUUUUUAUAUCUUAUAUCAGCCGAUGCCCUAAAACUCAGUCUGCCAGUGACCACUUAAGUUUAAUCAGUUUUAAUUGUAAAUUGAGAAAAGGAAUUUUAUCUUAAAAUAAAAUCUAUAGGAGUACAACUAUUCAUCCAGCAACAAGCAUUAAAGGUCUGUUACUCAAUGUUUUUUUUUUAAACCAGAGUAUCAAUUGUUGAUUUGUUACAAGUCUAAGUAUUGCGUAUUGUGAAAACUUUGAUAUUAGUUCCUGAGGAAUUCAUUUGAUUCCUUCAUAUUUCAAGAAAAAUUGAUAGCCAACUCUUCAUAUUAUCUGGUUUGUCCAACUACCUGUUUUGCAGAGCAUAAUAUUAAUUAGUGUUUGGAUUUAUUUCAUUCAAUGAAAAGUGGAAUGAAAACUUAGUUGCUU